AUGGGCGUCCAGCACCACGCGCUCCCGCUGCUCCUCGUCCUCUUCGGCGCCUUCUCUGGGUCAAUGUCAACUACUCAAGAAUGUGGGACCAGUAUGAGAAGAUCGCGACAGCCUCGGGCAGGAUCCUUAGGAAGGAUAAUCAACGGCAAACAGAGUGCACGCGGUGCAUGGCCGUGGCAGGUGUCGCUGCAAUUGUUGCACCCGCAGUUCGGGUUCAUAGGUCACUGGUGCGGGGGCGUGCUCAUCUCACCGGAAUGGCUUUUAACAGCAGCCCACUGCAUCAACAACGAUCUGUUCAACUUGCCUUUGGCUGCAUUGUGGACUGCGGUCCUUGGUGAUUGGGAUCAGAACCUCGAGGAGAAUACGGAAGAGAGGAUCCCGAUCGAGGAGAUUGUUAUACAUGAGCGUUUCCACAACUUUCAACACGAUAUUGCGUUGAUGAAACUGUCGAAACCUGUCAAAGUAGCGAGGAAUAGUAGAAUAAGGGCUGUAUGUUUACCGACCAAAAGGUUCACCCAUAAUGAGACUGAUUUGUGCAUAGCCACGGGAUGGGGAAGAGAUGCGGAGGAUGGUCAAUUGGCUGGUCAACUAUUAGAAGCUAAAGUACCAGUUCACGAUAACGCGAUUUGCAGGAAGAAGUAUGGGCAUUCAGUAGCCAUCAGGUCAGGACAUCUGUGCGCGGGUCAUCUGGAUGGAUCGACGGGAACUUGCGUUGGGGAUUCCGGAGGACCUCUGCAAUGUGCACACACCGAUGGUCGUUGGUUCCUUGCUGGCAUCACAUCCUUCGGUUCGGGUUGCGCGAAACCUGGAUUCCCAGACGUCUACACCAGAUUAUCCUAUUACUUACCGUGGAUCAAAUCCAAAAUAAAAUAG